CGGCAGCACGAGAAGUGGCGUUGGUAUAUCUUCAAAUCUCUUUCAAAUAUUCAAAGUCCAAAAUUAAAUGUGACAAACAUUUUUUUUAAGUGUCUAUAACGAGUUUUUUUUACUGAUCAUUAAGACUUAAAAUCAUGGCACCAGACGCUCCAGGUGUUAAAGAACGAGAAAUACUGUACCGUCUCAUUAUUAGUCAGCUCUUUUACGAUGGUCAUCAGACAUUAGCAGUUAGUUUGUCCAACUUAGUUAAGGCUCAUCCUGCCUGCCCACCCUCGGAUAGAUUAUUACACAUUGUCACUUUGGGUUUGAAAUCAGAAGAAGGGCAGCAAGGAGGACAGGGUAUCAAAGCAGAAAAUGUUACACCUGGUGGUGGUAUUGAUCUAGAAUAUGAUACAGAAGCACCAUCACUAGCACCAGAACCUUCCACUUAUGAGACCUGCUACGUGACUUCUCAUAAGGCACCUUGCCGAGCUGGAGCAUUUAGCCCGAACGGUCAGUUAGUAGCUACUGGUUCUGUGGAUGCUUCUAUUAAGAUCUUAGACGUGGACAGAAUGUUGGCUAAGAGUGCCAUGCCUCCUGAACAAGCUGCUCAAGAAUCUACUCAACAAAACCUAGAAACCCAUCCUGUCAUUAGAACCCUGUAUGAUCAUAUUGAGGAAGUCUCAUGUUUAGAAUUCCACCCAACAGAACAAGUACUAAUCUCAGGAAGUAAAGACUAUACAGUAAAGUUUUUUGAUUUUUCGAAACCAUCAGUUAAGAGGGCCUUUAAAACCAUACAUGAAGCAGAAAUGGUACGAUGUUUAUCAAUUCAUCCUUCAGGGGACUUUCUACUAGUAGGAACCCAGCAAUCUACCUUGAGGUUGUAUGAUGCAAAUACGGGACAGUGUUAUGUAUCAAGCAUACCUGAAGACCAACAUAAAGGACCAGUAACAAUGGUAAAGUACAGUCCAAAUGCCAACUUGUAUGUGACAAGUUCCAAGGAUGGAGACAUUAAAGUUUGGGAUGGAGUCAGCAAUAAAUGCAUUAAUACAUUCUCACAAGCACAUGAUGGAAAUGAAGUGUCCUCUGUUGUAUUCUCUCGUAACUCAAAGUACAUUUUAUCAAGUGGAAAAGAUUCACUGGUGAAGUUAUGGGAGCUGUCAAUGUCACGAUGUUUGAUUGCUUACACUGGAGCUGGUGCAUCGGGGAAACAAGCACAUCGAGCUCAGGCAGUUUUUAACCACACAGAGGAUUAUGUUUUGUAUCCUGAUGAAAAGACCACUAGUCUUUGUUCAUGGGACUCUCGUAAUGCUGAACGCCAGAAACUGCUGUCACUUGGUCACAACAAUGUAGUGCGUUACAUUGUUCAUUCACCUACUGGACCGGCCUUUUUGACAUGUAGUGACGAUUUUAGAGCACGUUUUUGGUAUAGACGAGCAGAAUCGUACGAGUGAUUCCAGUCAUCUUCAAAGACCUGUAUCAGUCAUUUUUUUUGUCUGUAUAAAAAUGUUCUCAACAUUACAUGAUUGUUUAAGUGGGUAAAUAAAAUGCACAUUUUCUAUUAAA